CAGUCAUUAUCCGGGUAACCCGGUCAAGGGGAGGAGAAAAAUAUCUGCCACUUUUCAAGAAUAAGGUCCGCUUCUGCUCGGAAAGAGGGCGUUUAUUAAAUUACAACCUAUACAGUUCACGGAACAAUAAUGCUGCUUCUUAAAGUUGGCCAAUCGUCUGCGCUUUGUGGUGCCGUUCUACGGAUCGCACCCGGACUCACUGGGGCUAAACGUCAAGCUGUCGUGGCUGUAAACAACACACGUCUCUAUGCUAGUCAAGCUACACAGGCAGUGUUGGAGAAGCCAGCAGCAGUCGCGUCCGAUGCUGCCACUGCAGUGGAAAAGACGGCUGCGGCAGAGUCCAAAUCUUUUGCCGUCAACAUUUUCAAGGGGCAGAUUGCCACAGCUCAAGUGUUUCCCUACCCUUCCGUGUUGAAUGAAGAGCAGGAGCAGUUCCUGCGUGAACUCGUGCCCCCUGUGGGAAAGUUUUUUGAGGAGGUGAACGAUCCGGCCAAGAAUGAUACGCUGGAGAAAGUCGAGGACCACACAAUGGAGGGCCUGAAAGAGAUGGGCGCCUUUGGCCUGCAGGUGCCGGCCGACCUGGGAGGACUGGGCCUCACCAACACACAGUACGCUCGGCUGGUGGAGAUCGUCGGCACUCAUGAUCUCGGCGUCGGCAUCACGCUCGGUGCCCACCAGUCGAUCGGCUUCAAGGGCAUCUUGCUUUUUGGGAACCCGGCACAAAAAGAGAAAUAUUUGCCGAAACUUGCAUCAGGUGAGCACAUCGCUGCCUUUUGCCUGACUGAACCGGCUAGUGGUUCUGAUGCCGCGUCCAUCAAAACCAUGGCUGUACAGUCCCCGUGUGGAAAGUACUUUACUCUCAAUGGAAGCAAAAUCUGGAUAAGUAAUGGCGGUCUGGCUGAGAUCUUCACUGUGUUUGCCAAGACACCAAUGAAGGAUCCCAAGACAGGAGAGAUGAAGGACAAGAUCACAGCUUUUGUUGUGGAAAAGAGUUUUGGUGGCGUGACACACGGACCACCAGAGAAGAAGAUGGGCAUCAAAGCCUCCAACACGGCCGAAGUUUACUUCGAUAACGUCCGCGUGCCAGCCGACUGCGUGCUGGGUGAGGUUGGAGGUGGCUUCAAGGUGGCUAUGAACAUCCUCAACAACGGCCGCUUCGGCAUGGCGGCCGCCCUCUCCGGCACCAUGAAGGGGGCCAUCCACAAAGCGGUGGACCAUGCAACCAACAGGACCCAAUUUGGCAACAAGAUCCACACCUAUGGGGCCAUCCAGGAGAAAGUGGCCCGCAUGACCAUGCUGCAGUACGUCACCGAGUCUCUGGCUUACAUGAUCAGCGGCAACAUGGACAGCGGAGCGACCGAGUUCCAGAUCGAGGCGGCCAUCAGCAAGAUCUUCGCUUCCGAAGCCGCGUGGACUGUGACGGACGAGUGUAUUCAAGUCAUGGGCGGCAUGGGCUUCAUGAAAGAUUGUGGAAUGGAGAGGGUAAUGAGGGAUCUGAGAAUUUUCCGGAUCUUCGAGGGCACCAACGAUAUCCUCAGGCUUUUUGUGGCACUCAACGGGUUCCAGAAUGCGGGCAACCAGUUGAAGAGCUUACAAAAAGCACUGAAGAACCCACUUGGCAACGCUGGGCUGCUGGCGGAAGAACUCACCAAGAGAGCAAAGAGGAAGGCAGGCAUGAGCACGGGAUUGACACUCCAAGGAAAUAUCCACCCUGAGCUGGCACAAAGCGGUGAUAUGGCCGUGAAAGCCAUCGAACAAUUUGGCGUGGCUGUCGAGGAGCUUCUCAUUAAGCACGGCAAGAAGAUUAUUGAUGAGCAGUUUGUGUUGAUGAGAGUCGCAGACUGUGCCAUUGACAUUUACACCAUGAUUGUUGUCCUCUCGAGGGCGUCGCGCUCCCUGACUCAGGGCCACCCCUCGGCCCAACAUGAGAAAGUUCUGUGCGAGACCUGGUGUGUGGAGGCUUCCGGCAGACUCGAGCGGGAUAUUAAGGCUCUGCGCUCCAGCCAGUCCAGGCAACUAUACAAAAACCUUCGGGCUAUUUCCGCUGCAGUGGUGGAAAAUGGCGGAACGGUCGCCCCUCACCCGCUGGGUUUCUAAACCCUCAAUGGUUUGUCUGAUUUUAUCUUUUGUGGAAUCGCCAAGCAACACAUCUUCGUCUGUUGAGCUGGUCGUGAGGUUCAUCUUUGGUGUCUAUAUCUGUAAGGACGUCAGAUUGUCUGUUAGUGUUCCAAAUCCGCACUUGAACUUCUCAGCUGCAGAAAUAACAUUUUAUGAGUGAAAGGGCCUUCUAACAAACACCACAAGCGCCAAUGAACCAAAUGUCCUCAU